AUGGAUAAACUACAGCUCACACUUCAAGCGAUCCAGCAUCAAACCAUCCAUAUCCUCAAAGAAUACGCCCAACACCCCUGGCUCUACACCGCAGCAUGCCUCACAGCCUACCUGGUCCUCACCCUAUCCCUCCGCUUCCAACGCCUCCGCAGCAUCAAAGCGACAUACCGCAAGUACUCAACCCGGGAAUCGCUCGCCAGCAUGACCAACCACGACGCCUGGGCUAUCCAGAAACGCAUCCUCCAGCUCGAGUUCCCAUUCACAGCGUUGAAAGCCCUCCAGUUUGCUCUCUUCCGCACAUACGGCAUCCCCACCAUCUCCACCCUCCUCCUACAGACCUCGCAAUUCUCCAACCCAUCCACCAGCUUCAAACGCUACGCCGACACCGGCGUCCUAAUCGGCGAGUUCAUGGGCUUCGAACCCACCUCCGAAAGGGCAAUCACCGCCCUCGCGCGCACUAAGCUCCUGCAUACAGGCUACCGCGCCAGCGGAAAGAUCCUAGAGUCAGACAUGCUGUACACGCUUAGCCUGUUUGCGCUGGAACCGGUGCGGUUCGUGGAACGGUACGAGUGGCGGGGGUUGAGCGAGCUGGAGAAGUGCGCGGUGGGCACGUACUGGAAGAGUGUGGGGGAUGCGUUGGGGAUAAGCUACUCGGUGUUACCUGGUGAGCAGUCGGGGGAGGGGUUCCGGGAUGGAUUGCAGUGGUUGGAGGAGAUGGGGAGGUGGAGUGAGCGGUAUGAGGGGCAGAUGAUGAAGGCUGCGGAGGCGAACCGGGCGGUGGCGGAUAAGACGAUGGAUGUGUUGGUUUAUGGAAUGCCCGGGUGGGUGAGGGGGUUGGGGUAUGAUGCGCCGCCGCGGGUGGUUAAGGUUAUGUUCGAUGCUGCAGUGGUGAUCCGUUGGUUCUGUCUGCGGUAUCUUGCGCUCCCGCGGCCGUACUUUAUGCGCCGUGAUGUGUUUACGGAGAAGCCGAAUGAAUACGGUCGACACCAUGUGCAGGUGUGGGAUGGGAUGCCGUACUAUGUGCGGCCGACUCUGUGGAACCGAUGGGGUCUGUCGGCGUGGGUGCAGCGGCUGGCGGGAUUGCCAUUGCCUGGUGACGAGGGAGACAAGUACUAUCCCCGGGGAUACCACACGCCGGAUGUUGGGCCCAAGUAUUUCGAGGGCAAGGGACGGAAGAGCCUGGAGGAGAUCAAGGAGAAGUUGAGGGUGCAGAGGACAGGCGAGUCGCCCUUUCAUUAA